AUGGGGUCAGAUGGCGAGGCUGCGCCUCUCGCAACGCAGGCUCGCUCAUACGACCUCAUCACGCUCAUUCUCUCAUCGCAGCAGUCGGGCCUUGCGCCUGAGCAGCGCCGAGUCGCGGUGCGCCGGGCGUGGGCUCGGGCUGCCGGCAGCCUCGGCCGACCGGCGGGCGAGGCGCGCGACGGCCGCUGCUCGGUGCGCCACUUCUUUGUCCUCGGGGGCGCCAGGCGCGAGAGGCUGGGCGGCGGCGGCGACCUGCUGUUUCUUCCGGUGGCGGACGACUACCGCAGCCUUUCGCGCAAGGUGCUGGCCGCGUUCGAGUGGACGGCGCGCUCCGUGGCCUUCAAGUACCUCCUCAAGACGGACGACGACGCGUUCGUCUGCGGCGCGCGGCUCAUCUCGCUGCUCGCGCCGCUGCCGCGUCUCGGCCUCUACCUGGGCGCGCUCACGGCGAACAAGACCGUGGUCACCUCUCGCGCGUCGCCAUCGUACGAGCGCUGGUCUGACCCGGAGUACGUGCGUAUCUUCGGCUCGGCGGUGUAUGCGCCCUACAUGCAGGGCGCGGGCUACGUCCUCUCUGCCGACCUAGUGCACCACGCGGCCGUCUUGCCCGAGCUGCCGCCGAUUGAAGACGCGCUCGUCGGGAGACUCGUCGCGACCGGCGUGAGGACACGGAGGAACGCGCCGAAGCAGAUCCGGUAUCGCACGCCGGCCAACCGCGCGAGAAAUAUUGUUUAA